GUUCUACUACCCGUUCGGCCUGUUUCUGAACCCGGUGUGAGCCAUGGACCGGAGCAGGCCGUAUCUAUUGCGGGAACAAAAGUUACCGAGCCCCUCGGCGCUGGGCGAACAGCGCGCGCUGAGGGGUACUCGGGCCCGGUCGACGUGGUUUCGUUCGGUGCUCCGUGUGUGAGCACUGGACCGGAACAGACAGAUGUUCAUGCAGGGAAAAGAACAAGAGUACAGUGCAUGAAGCACAAGGUGUUGCGGGUUCAGACCCAAUCUAUUCAGGGAAAUUCCAACCGUACUCGCACCAAAUCUGAGGAAGAAGAUAAUAUGGAGAUUCAGCACCUUCCUAACUUCCGAGACAGAAUUACGACUGGUGCAAGAGAGAAAUGAUUCGUGUUCUCCAACUUCCUCAAUGUGAUGAGACUCCCAAGGUCCCGGAACGUUAGUCAUUCAAGCAACAUACGGGCCCAGUUUGCUCAGAGACACAUAAUCCAAUUUUCCCGACUAUUCCUCAGGAUCAAAUGUGCGUAGAACACAUCAAGACUGUAAUGGAGACCAAGAAGUGGAAACCUUACGGUAAACGGGCUUCCAAAUUCAUUAUAUCUACCAACUGAAGGAGCACACAAGCAACUUGACGACCUUUCGCUGGCAGGCAACGACUUGUUUGCUGGCAAGUUUCAAGAACUAAUGGAGGCAGAGGCUAAACGCAUAGAGGCCACUGACAAAAUCAACAUGCGUCAAAUUUCUCCCAGUUGCACUAUUGCCAGCGUUAAUGGUAGUAGCUGGUUGUUUGAGAGGAGCAGUGUAUGUGAAUGUGUUCUAAGCAUGAUAAGGACGGAUAGACGGUUUCCAGAUAAAGACAGAGAGAUGUCAGCAAAUGUUGCCGGCAUAUUUUUGACAAUAGGAUUGUCAUUGAGCUGCAUCUUACAGACGAGUUUAUUCAACACUGUACUGUUGCCAUAUUGAUGGAAGGACGCGUUCAUCUGAUGAUUGCUACCACUGAGGAUUUUUAGAAUGCAAUGACCAUUGCUUUGUAAUUUCAUCACAAUUUUCACGAAGGAAUGGGCAUAUCAAAAUUGACAAUUUGAGUUUUUUUGCCUAUGGUGCUUAAAAACAUGGUACUUCAGCGUUCUGACAAGUUUCCCGUGGAUGCUACAAAAUCAAGAGGGCUUGGGAGAAUGGUAAAUGAUGGGUGUGGGAGAGAAAUUAACUGCAAAGCCCAGUUAGUUGAUGACCAUCUGUGCUUAUUUGCCACAGAAGAUCUUCCCAUUGGCGCAGAGCUGCGAUAUGAUUACGGGAUCCCCAAUCUACCAUGGAGAAAGAAAACUGUGAGUACCAAGUCCAAAGAUUUAGAGGACCCCUUUCCUCAACUCACAUUUUGUGGGUUGAUAAAGGAUCAUGAGGAUGUGAUGUCAGGUACCUCAAUAGCAACAGCUGAAAUGAUAGGUGAAGAAACUGUACACUCCUGGUCUACCAGUGCCAAAUCUGAAGGAACAGAUGAGCUCAACAAGGCACUGAAGGGCAGGCUAGAAUAUACGAGAAGCGGCAAGCAUGCCUUUUUUGUGGCAGUAUGGUUUCCAAUGCAGCCAGUGAAAUCAUUGAAGAUGAGCUCAACAAGGCACUGAAGGGCAGGCUAGAAUAUACGAGAAGCGGCAAGCAUGCCUUUUUUGUGGCAGUAUGGUUUCCAAUGCAGCCAGUGAAAUCAUUGAAGAUGAGCUCAACAAGGCACUGAAGGGCAGGCUAGAAUAUACGAGAAGCGGCAAGCAUGCCUUUUUUGUGGCAGUAUGGUUUCCAAUGCAGCCAGUGAAAUCAUUGAAGAUGAGCUCAACAAGGCACCGAAGGGCAGGC